UUAGUUUAAUUGAUAUUUUUAAAAAAUAGAAAAUUGUACAGUUUUGUUCUAUCGUAAAGAGUCGUAUCCCCAACGCAGUAACCCUUGCGAAUGCUCAUUUCAUAACAUACAGCGAAGCACGUGAUACGUGGCCUUGAGUUUCUUGCACGGGUUUUUUUGUGGAGAUACUAAUAAUUCAUCACGGUUUCAGGAGAUAUGAGUAGUAAAGUUUAUGGAAUCGCAGUCAUCGGUUUAGGCACGGCGGGACGUGUUCGCGUGAGAGAUUUAACAAACAGUACGUCAUACAACAAGAUACAGUGGUGUUUGAAAGGAUUUGUCUCAAGACGCAGUUUAGAGAUCGAGGGUGCUCAACAGUUGGUGGAAAGCGAGGUUUUUGACGGAAAAGACAUUGAUGCUAUAUUGAUCUGUACAGAAAAUGGAUUACAUGAGCGACUAGUCAGGAGCGGUAUAGAGAAAGGGAAACAUGUCCUUUGUGAGUUUCCAUUAGCUUUGUCCUCCAGCGUUGCUAAGGAUUUUUUCGAAUUAGCUGAAAAGAAAGGUGUUAUUCUUCACGAGGAAAAUAUUGGUUUGUUAAACAACUACAAAGAACAGCUUGAUAACAGUUCUAUUCCAUGGAAACACUGUGACAUUUUACUGAAAGGAAGGUAUAAUGGAUGGAUUGAGGAUCACGAGAAUUCAGGGCCACCGUUUGUAUGUAACAUUGGGCUGGUAGAAACUGCCUGUCAUCUAUGUGGUGACGUAAAAGCUGUGGGUGGCUCCUUUAGUAACACAGGGUCCAGCUUUGAGGCGGUGGCUCAUUUAGAAACCCCAGAUAAAAGAACAGUCACCAUCACGCUAAACCGAUCGAAGGAUUGUGACGGGAGAGAAAAAUCCAUUGUGUUUCAACUUCAGGAUGGGAGCGAACUUAACCUAAGACCUACAAAAACACCAGGGGCAAAGCCAGGUUUAUUCAUGCAAGAUUUCCACAAGUUUAUGGACGAGAUAGUUAGUGGUAAGAUAGACCAGGAAAUGAAAGCUAGGACAGUACGAGCUUUAGAGAUAGCAGAGGAUAUCCAUCGGAUCAUAAUGCCUAAAUUGUAAUCAAUUAAAUUCUGAAUAAAUAUUAUAUUAUGGA